AUGGAUUCCGAAAUCGAGUACAUUUUAAGCCUAAAGGCUGUACGUGAAAAGGCACAUAAAGUCCUUGAAUUAGCCGAACAGGGAAAAUUGACUCAUUUCAACUACGACCGUGAUAAACUGGAUGUAGCAGCCGACUAUGUUAUAGGUAUUAUCCAGCGCGAUUUUGGACCAGAUAGAUAUCACCUUAUCCCCCCUCAUGGCCGAUGGCAACAUUUCGAGGUUGGCGGCAUUCCUCGCAUAGAUAAACUAUUGAGUGACUGGAAGAAUGAUCAAAAGUUCGACGAUGUAGAGAAAGUGCGCGGGCUUAUCGACCUUUUCUUCGUUUCUGUUCUCUUGGAUGCAGGGGCUGGAGAUGUUUGGCGAUUUCAGGAACCUGGAGGCGAGCAGUCGUACAGUCGGAGUGAGGGGAUAGCGAUUGCUUCGUUACAUAUGUUCUUGAGCGGUGAUUUUGCUUCCGAUAAAUCUUUGAGAAAAGACAUUGUGGAAGGAGCUGCGCUACAUACACUAGAUGCAGACAAGCUCUAUCGGCACUUUCAGAUCAGUGAGACAAACCCACUGGUGGCAGUUGACAAACGGGUGGAAUUACUACGCAGACUAGGAAGUUCCCUAUUGAGCUUUCCCGAGAUUUUCGGUAAGAAUGGUCGACCAGGCAAUCUUGUCGAUUAUCUCCUCUCCAAAGCAAAGAGUUCUGGAGAAAUUGACUACCGCGAUCUUUGGAACCUUCUCCAAAAAGUUCUGAUCCCAGUCUGGCCAUCAGACCGUACACAUAUCGACGGGCACCCCGUAGGCGACGCAUGGCCUCUAAAAGCCCUUGCUACGUCUUCCAGAGCAAACAGCAGCAAAACAUCUGCAAUUCAGCCAUUCCACAAACUUACACAGUGGCUCGCAUAUUCGCUCAUGGUACCAUUUGACCGACUACUAAAAAUCACUUGGCUCAAUGCAGAUCAGGGCACGGGACUUGCCGAAUACCGAAAUGGAGGAUUAUUCGUGGACAUAGGUGUUCUAUCUCUAAAGGAAGAAUCCCGAGCAAGGGGUCUACAACUGUCAAGCAGUAAUAUCGAUGGCCUCCCUUAUUUUGGAGCUAGUGAUGAUGAGAUUGUGGAGUGGCGUGCUAUGACUGUUGCACUUUUGGAUAAGUUGCAUGCUAUCAUAUCAUCCAGUUCUCAGUUCAAUGGCAUUCAAUUGACGUUGCCUCAGGUUUUGGAAGCAGGAUCUUGGAAAGCAGGACGAGAACUGGCUGCUGAGAAACGACCAUUAACCAAGUCGAGUCCUAUUGGUAUUUUAGGAGACGGAACGUUAUUUUAGAUUUGUCUUCAUAUUAAACAAUCAAGCAUAUCAC